GCUGACUAGUUGGUUCUGGCAAUUUAUCGUCGAUUCGAUUUACUUCUAUCAUUUGUGUUCGUCACAAUAUAUUAAUGAAAAAGAUUGUCUUAUUUCGAUUAUGUAUAGUUCAGUCUUUGCUCAAAUUUGUUAUCGACAAUGGACACAAAUCGAUAAAUUUGUGAUUCUUUCAUUGAAAUAUUGAAAACAUAAUACUUAUAAACUCUGGAGUUUUUUCACAUCGUACAAUUUAUUUAAGGUCCUUUCAAAUAUAUUGUACAUAUACUAAAUGAUGGAACCAAAAAACGAAAACAAAUUAGACGAAGUGCAGAGACAGAUAUUUGAUCGCAUUGCCAAAAACGAUGUAAAUGGCUUUAAGCAGCUGAUAACCCAACUAAAGGCGGGUGUCGAUUUCGUAGACGAGGAUGGGAUGACUCCGCUUCAACAUGCUUGUUGCAAGGGUAAUAAAGAAGCAGUACAAAUUUUAUUAGAUAUGGGUGCUGAUAUACAUUUCAAUAAACAUGGCGCUGAUUAUACUCCGUUGCACUUUGCAGCUUUGUCAGGCAACACAGAAGUGUGUAGGCUUAUUCUAGAUGCUGGUAUAAAUCCAAAUAGUUUGAAUAGUGUUUCACGAACAGCAUCACAGAUGGCAGCUUUUGUUGGUAAUCACUCCUGCGUGGAAACGAUCAAUAACUAUGUUCCCCGCAAAACAUUGGAGUACUAUACACGGGUACAGGGUCAACAAAUAGAACCACUGAUACCUCCGGGAAUGAUGGAUUUGUUUCAUCAAUUUGUUAUAGAAAUUAAUUUGCACCCUGUGCGCAUUGCACUAAAUUUACAAUCCUUAGGAUUGUUAAAAAAUUUGCACAGUUUGAAGAAAGCUUUGGAGUAUAUGUGUGAAAAGGAAAUGAAGAAGACCAAUAAUGUUAAUGAACUCAUGGCUUUCAAGUUUCACUACUUUGGUUGGAUUGUGUCGGAAUUAAUGCGUUGCGAGGAACAGUGUAAAGCCCAACGUAAGGAAAAGUUGUAUGAAGUUGAUGCAGGAAAGCACGAUUUUGUGGAGUUAUUUAUAAAGCGUGUCUUAAAAGAAAACAAAAUCGGUCAGCUGGAUUACAUAGAAUUUACGCUACGCGAUUGCGUGCGUGAGUUCCCUUUCAGAGAUUGCACUGUGUUUCGUCUAGUUGUUUCCGAACUAGCCGCUAAAGACCCGCAACCUGCUCUAAUGGUCUUUCGUAAUGCUAUUAACGGUCAUCGUGGUUUUGCGGAUGAUACAUCAUAUUGCAGUUCUUGUGGUAAUGAAAAACCAGACAAAAAGUGCUCAAAAUGUAAACAAGUAAAAUAUUGUGAUCGUGAAUGUCAACGUUUGCAUUGGUUUAUGCACAAAAAGACUUGCGCCAGGCCUACCUCGAACGCUACGGCUUCGACCAGCACUUCAUCCGCUAAGGAGCCAAUAGAUGCAGCUGAACUACAUGAGGAACUUUCCAAAAUUACUACUAGCUAAACGAUGUGUUUAUUUAUACGACUAAUAAAUGUUUGGUACCUUUACCCGUUUAUAUUCACCCCAUACCUGAAUACAUAAAUUUUGGGUAUAUACCGUUCUUUAACGAGUUAGGCGUUCAGUUAUAAAAAAAUAAAUAACUACUGCAAGUUUUAACUGCAUACCGUUCCAAAA